GUCACAAAGGUCGUCCUUUUUCAAAGCUCUCCACUUUAAGACAAACACCACCCAUUCACACAUCCCCUCACAGAAAAAACUCACCAAUCACAAUGAUAGAAGACCAACGAGGAGGAGCACCCUACGGUAUCCUCCUCGCCGUCGUAGUAUUCAUCCUGAUCGGAAUCCCUAUGUUUCUCGGCGACGGCGGCGAAGCCCUGACGGAGUUCAUCGCAGAGCUUCUGAGUCCGUUAGGUCUGUUACUUCUUCCAAUCAUUCUGUUACUCGCUAUCCAAUAUUUAUCUUCCGAUUCCGGAUCUUUUGUUUCCAGCAUCUUCUCCGCCGGUGAACCUAAUUCUAUCCACCGUGCUAGUGGAUCUCCGGUCGGUGUGGCGCUUGUGCUUCUUCUUGUGCUUUUUCUUCUGUAUAAUAAGUUUUCGAUCUUCGGUGGUGAUGAUGAUUCCGAUGACUAGCUCCGAUUUGUUAGUUUGUUUCGAUCUGUUAUUGGUUUUUGGUUUUCAACUUUUUGCAGUAUUAUUAUUAAUUACUAUUAUUGUAAUUGUAUUUAGUUAUUUGUUUUAUGGAUUAAUAUGGAAUAUACUUACUUUAUACGUAUCUAAA